GCCUCGUGCCAAGUCCUCCAGGUAAUCCGAGUGUGGAAAACUUCACAGCACACGGAGCGCAGCCCGGCACGGAGCAACAAAUCAGGGACGACAAGCAGGGUACAAGAAUGGACAUCGAGAAAUACUUCUCCAGGCUGGGAUACAAGGGUUCCUGUAAACCGGCCAACAAGGAAACCCUUUGUGAGAUAAUGUACCACCACCUCAUGGCGAUCCCCUUCGAGAACCUGAGCGUGCAUUGCGGAGAACCCAUCUCUCUCGACAUAGAAAGCACUUUCCAAAAGCUUGUGAUGAAGCAAAGAGGUGGUUGGUGUUCCGAACAAAACCACCUCCUCUUCUGGGCUCUGAAGACGAUUGGCUACGACGUGGUCAUGCUGGCAGCCCACGUUUACCAGCCCCAUCUGGACAAAUACAACCCAAUCCCUACUCAUCUUCUUCUCAAGGUGACAAUAGAUAGCAAGACGUACAUUGCUGACACCGGCUAUGGAUCUUCUCUUCAACCUUGGCAGCCUCUAGAGUUAACGAGUGGGGUGGACCAGCUGCAAACUCCCGGCAUCUUUCGUCUCACGGAAAGCAAGGGAAUGUGGUUCUUGGACAAGAUAAGAAGAACCCAGAUGGUUCCCGAUGGAUCGUUUUCAGAAACCGAACUGCUUGAUAAAUCGAGUUAUAGGAAGAUCCAUUAUUUUACUCUACAGGAGAAGACUAUAGACUGCUUCCUUGAAUCCUGCAAGUUCCACCAAACAUCUCCACAAUCGGCCUUUUUCAACAAGUCCGUGGUUUCUCUCCAAUUCAGCCACGGCGUCCGAACGCUCGUCGGCUGGACGUACACGGAAACCAAAUACAACUAUGGAAAGGACGUGGAUCUGGUGGAACUCAAAACUCUACAAAACGAUGAAGUGGAAAAAGUUUUAAAAGAGAAGUUCGGCAUUGUUUUAGAGUCUCGGCUUGUCGUAGUUAAUAAAUCUGGCAAUUAUACAAUUUAAAGGCCAAAAGAUACUUGCCAAUCACCGAACAUCAACCAUAGAUAGUAAUUAGUAGGGAAGGGGUCAUCACACCCUAAAUUCCAUCCAAUCACUUUCUUGGGAAAGAUAUGAUUGUGCAAUUUGGACCAAUCAGGAAUCCCUCAAUGAGAGUGAAUAGAAGGACCUAGUAUAGAUGGAAAGGAGACCUUGACUUGAGGAGAGACCACAUCUGACCAGAGAGACAUCUGGGGGGACACUUGGGCAGGCACAUUUUGGUUUGUUCCCCGACUACGUUUCUGCUUGACCUCAAAUAUGCAACCACUUGUUACCGACCUUUGGCUUGUUCCUUGACUACGUUUCUGCUUGAUCUCAAAGAUGCAACCACUUGUUACCGACCUUUGGCUUGUUCCUUGACUACGUUUCGGCUUCAUCUUAAGUAUUCAACCACUUGUUACCGACCUUUGGUUUGAUCCAUGACUACACUUCAGCUUGAUCUCAAAGAUGUAACCACCCGUUACCGACCUUUGGCUUCCUCCUUGACUACGUUUCUGCUUGACCUCAAAUAUGCAACCACUUGUUACCGACCUUUGGCUUGUUCAUUGACUACACUUCUGCUUGACCUCAAAUAUGCAACCACUUGUUACCAACCUUUGGUUUGUUCCUUGACUACGCUUCCGCUUGAUCUUAAAGAUGCAACCACUUGUUACCGACCUUUGGUUUGUUCCUUGACUACAUAUUUGCUUGAUCUCAAAGAUGCAACCGCUUGUUACUGACCUUUGGCUUGUUCCUUGACUAUGCUUCUACUUGAUCUCAAAGAUGUAACCGCUUGUUACGACCUUUGGUUUGUUCCUUUACUAUGCUUCUACUAGAUCUUAAAGAUGCAACCGCUUGUUACGACCUUUGGUUUGUUCCUUGACUACGCUUCCGCUUGAUCUUAAAGAUGCAACUGCUUGUUACGACCUUUGGCUUGUUCCUUGACUACUCUUUCGCUUGAUCCUUAUCUGCUACUGGACCUCAGACUGCUUACCUCCUGGUGGCGCCAUCCUGAGUACCAUGACCUGGUACUAACACACAGCAAAACCCAUCCCCACCAUAACGACCUCUGGUGGACACAACGGUUAGUGUUUAGACCCCACACCUCAGAUGAGCCGCAUUCCUCCACCAAGGUGACCUUGCCUAUCCUUCUGGUUGAUGGGAGCCUCUCUACUGCUAUAGUUACCAGUCCCUGAGCCUGACCGGGACACCGGGCUAAUGCA